GGACCCGGGGUGGGGGGAAAGGACUCUGUGAGGGAGCCGGUGGAAGACUAUGGGGAAGGACCAGGAGCUGCUGGAAGCUGCCCGCACUGGAAAUGUGGCUCUGGUGGAGAAACUCCUGUCUGGCAGGAAAGGAGGGAUCCUGGGUGGUGGAUCCGGACCCCUGCCCCUUUCUAAUCUGCUAAGCAUCUGGCGAGGCCCCAAUGUAAACUGCACAGACAGUUCGGGUUACACUGCUUUACACCAUGCAGCCUUAAAUGGACAUAAGGACAUAGUUCUCAAACUACUUCAGUAUGAGGCAUCAACAAAUGUAGCAGACAACAAAGGCUAUUUUCCCAUUCACCUGGCUGCCUGGAAAGGAGAUGUAGAAAUUGUGAAGAUUCUUAUUCAUCACGGACCAUCACAUUCUAGAGUCAAUGAACAGAACAAUGAAAAUGAAACUGCGCUACACUGUGCAGCUCAAUAUGGACACUCAGAAGUAGUUGCUGUUCUCCUAGAAGAGCUCACCGAUCCUACCAUCAGGAACAGUAAGCUAGAAACACCUUUGGACCUGGCAGCACUCUAUGGACGACUUAGGGUGGUCAAAAUGAUCAUCAGUGCACACCCUAACUUAAUGAGCUGCAACACUAGAAAGCACACGCCACUACACCUUGCUGCUCGGAAUGGCCACAAAGCAGUUGUUCAGGUGCUAUUGGAAGCAGGGAUGGAUGUGAGCUGUCAAACAGAAAAGGGGAGUGCACUUCAUGAAGCAGCUUUAUUUGGAAAGGUGGAUGUUGUGAGAGUUCUGUUAGAAACAGGAAUUGAUGCCAACAUAAAGGAUAGCUUAGGUAGAACUGUCUUAGACAUUCUGAAAGAACAUCCAUCUCAGAAAUCUCUCCAGAUUGCAACACUCUUACAAGAAUAUUUAGAAGGUGUGGGAAGAUCAGCAGCCCUUGAAGAACAUGUACAUGAAGAUACAACACAAGAACUACAUAUUUCAUCUCCUGUUGAAUCUCCUUCCCAAAAGACUAAGAGUGAAACUGUGACUGGAGAAUUAUCAAAACUCUUGGAUGAAAUAAAACUCUGUCAAGAAAAGGAUUAUUCUUUUGAAGAUUUGUGCCACACAAUAUCAGACCACUACUUAGAUAAUUUGAGCAAGAUUUCAGAGGAAGAACUUGGGAAAAAUGGAAGCCAGAGUGUAGUAAGUAAGGGGGGAAGGAAGACAAUGUGUCUGUCUUUGCCAAUUCAAUGUGUAUCUAAAAGGCAGGGAUUUGUGCAUUAUCCUAUCUUCAGAUUCUGCCAGUGUCAAAUGUCAAAUUCCCUAUUGCUCUUUUCCUGAUGUUCAUUGGUAUUUUACUCUCACUGCAUGUGUAGGGGAAGGACUGCUUUGAUAAAUCACUGAUAGUUUGUGAUGAUCUUGCUGCUGUUGACUUGCUUAAUACAUGAAAUCAUAGUUUCUUUGAUUAUGUUCUUUAAGUCUCACUGGGCAUGAUGAUAAUUGGUUUCCAAAGAAAGAAAAAAAAAUCUUCCUUUGUCUUUCUUCCCCAAGUUCUCUAUGAAUUUAGUCUACCCCAUCUUGAUUAAAGACAGAGCUGGGCUAUGUGUGUAUGUUCCCCAGUCACUCUGUAUGUUAUGGUAGGAGAGAGAUAUUUUGGAAAAUUUGACCUCCGUAGUUUUAUAAUCUUAUUCAAAUCCCUUAUGCAACCUACAAGCUCAGAAUCUAAAUCAUGAGUUAGAGAUUACUGAUCAUUUGGAUUUCUAUAUUAACACAACAGCAAGAAAAACUAUAGAGCAUCAAUCAGUUUAAAAUUAAGGUUUGUAUACCUAUUUUGUGUCAUAUAGAGGUAGGAUUUAUAGGGUGUACUGGUAUUAAAGGAAAUGCAUUAUUAUAACAUGAAAUCUUUACUCACUUUUAGAACUUAAUUUGUUAUAGAAACAUUAUGCUUUCUUCAAAAGCUAAUAAGAGUGUAUUGUGUUAAGUAUGUCAUAUUAUUUAUGAAAACUAAAAACAUUGCCAAGUAUAGUGACUAUAAAGAGAAUGUUUACUUCAUUUAACUACUUACUGUGUGCUGACCCUUGUUUCCCAGCAUAGUCUAGCUCCAUGGCUGGUCUUACUCCUUUUGUUUUGUUUUUUGUUUUUUUGUUUUUGUUUUUGUUGCACUGUCUUCUUUAAAGCAUUGUAUUAUUGGCUCCA